CGCGCGCGCGGGAGAGAAAGCCAGUGUGCGCGGGCGCCCGGGCGCCCGCGAUCACGGGAGGAGGCUCCGAGCGUGUGGGUCCUGGCGGCGCAGCCCGCUCCUCCGCGCCCUAUGUGAGGGAAUCAGGGAGGCCAGCGGCGCGCAGGGAAGGGCGAUGCAUGUGCUCGGGCCGGGGGUUGCUGCAGCCGCCCGAGGAAGAGGAGGACGGCGGCGGCGGCGAGGAGGAGAGCGCGGGGCUCGCGGCGGCGAGCCCGGGCCGAGGGGAUACAGCGGACUGUGUGUGUCUGGCUGUAGCGGACGCGAGGCGGCGAGGAGGCGCGGGAGACCCGCGAAAGGGACGACGAGGCGGCGGCGGCGGAGACUGCAGCCCUGAAAUGCAUUUUCUCCUCCAGCGGCCAUGUUAACCAGGAAACCUUCGGCCGCCGCUCCCGCCGCCUACCCGACGGGCCAAGGAGGGGACAGCGCCAUUCAUCAGCUUCAGUCUUCCCCCGGGGCUCGGCGCGGGGCCCCUCGGACCGGAGUGGGGACCGGCCCGCCCUCCCCCAUCGCCCUGCCGCCUCUCCGGGCCAGCAACGCUGCCGCCGCAGCCCACACGGAGCACGCUAGAUGCGGAGAGUUACAUAUGGCCGGCUGUUUGCUGACACUCUCGCUCUCCUUCUCCCAGCUUAGAGCCGCCGAGGAAGUGCCUGUCAGGCAGUGGCUCCGUGUCCAAACUCCUCGUCUCUCUAGGAGCAGCCUUGUGACUGUUUCUCCUCGGUGGAAUGAUUGAAGUCACUUCUUACCAAAGCUCUUAAGAAGCAGAUGUGCUCACUCUACAUCUCUUUUCCCUUCUGUGGGCAAGGUCCUAAAAGAUGUUCAUUUUUUUUUGGAUGUCAGACUUUAAAAAUUGCAGGGGUCUGAAUCACUGAAUCACUUCAUGAAGGAAUAUAUGAUGGCAAGAAAAUGUGCACUGGACUGUCAUAUGAGCAAGAAAUAAAAAUUAUUGGGUUAAGCCACUGAAAUUUUAGAAUUUUUUUGUUAAUCUAGUCAUUCAAAUUAAUUACCUAAUUAAUAUUUUGUUUUCAUAGAUAUGUUGCUUGAAUUUAAUUAAUCCUUUGUUAUACCUGUGUUUCCCAAAUUAUGCUAAUUAAUCCAAUAUUUAGUCUUUUCUAUUUUGCCCCAAUUACCUUAAUUAAUUCAAAUAUUUUAAAGUUUACUUUCUAAUUAAUACAAUUUUUGUUUUUAUAGCUAUAAAAAAAUUAAUAAAAUUUUGCAUUUGUAUCUUUUUAAAGAAAGUAUAUCUGAAAUAUAUAAUGUCAGCAUUGACCUAUGAAUUAUUUUUUUCACAGAGGAGUAGGUUUUGAAAUUUUCCAUGUUGAUAACAGGUAUGAUAUAUAUAUAUAUAUAUGUAUAAAAAUAUGUAUAAAGAUAAAUAUAUACAUAUGUAUAUAUGUAUAAAAUAAAGUCACUUAUAAAAUGUAUAAAAAUAGAUUAUUUCUCUUAACUUAUAUAGAAUUCUAUUUUAUGAAUAUUAGUCAUGGUAUUUAUUCAUUUCUAAUGAAUAUUUAGGUGGCUUUCUUUUUCCUUUGUGUUAUGCUGUCAUAAAUUCUAUUAUGCUUUCCAAUACACAUGAAUAGCUUUCUACAGUUUCCUUGAGCAUAAAUGCAAGAACCAUUCCAGGAUAUAUGCCUAUAUUUAGAAUUCCAUUUUAAUGUUUUAUUGCCAUAUUGCAAUAUCCAAAAUGCUUGUUCCAGUUUAUUUCUCCAGCAAUGUAUAGUGUUCCCAUUUCCCUGCAUCCUUGCUAACAUCACCAUUCUUGAUAAUUUCAUGGUGAUUCUUGUUCGAAUUUUCAUUUUUCAAAUAGCUGAGUAUUUUGUUAGUCUAUUUGGUUUUCCUCUUACGAUUAUUAUCUGUUCAUAUUCUUUGUCCAUUUUCUGUGGGCUUAUUCUUCAUUUUCUAGUAGAUUUUUGAAGGUUUCAAAAAUAUUCUGUGUAUGAAUUUGGUUACCUCUGUCUUUUGUGUCUCUUACUUCAAUGUUGAUUAUGUGUUUUUAUUGACUAUACACUUUUAAUUUUGAUGUAAAAUUUAUCAAAUGUGUUUUUAUCAUUUUUCUUUUUGAUUUUUAUAAAAGAAAAUCUUCCUUACCACCAGUAUUAUGAAUUUAUUUCUAUAUUUUCUUCUAAUGUGUAAAAUUCUAUAUUUUACAUAUAUAUCUUAAUCUAGCUGGGCCUUGUUAAGGUAGAGAUCUAUAUUUUUUCCAUGUAGAACACCAACAAUUGAAUAAGUCUUCAUUUUGUCUCUGAUUUGUAAUGCUGUCCCCACCACUGUCUAGCUGUGUGACUUGGUCAAGUUAAUGUGUCUGUAAAAUGGUAAUAAUAAUACUUUCCUCAUAGGGUUAUUGUGAGUUAUAAAUUAUGUGUGUAUUUAUGUGUGCAUAUGGUUACUACUAUGUAUAAGUCAUUAUUGCAUUAUGUCAUAUUGAUGAUCCUAUUCUUUGGAAGUAAGCAUUUACUUAAAAGUAAGCAUUUACUUAAAAAUCAUUAGAUGAAGAGCAUAUAAUUUUAGGGGCAGUGUAUAUUUUCAUGAUCUAUCAGCCCAAGAGUUCGUCCCUUCAAGAGCCAGCACUUUAAUCUUGCCCUGCUCAUUUGACAUAAAGGAAGCACAGUUUGACAGAGAAAAUACAUAUAAACUACAUAAAAAUCUGUUGUGUACAGAAACACUGUAAGCAUGAUAAUUUCUUUAAAGAAAUAUUUUUCUUUAGCAUAAAUGAAAAUAGCAGUUGACACAAUGUCAAAAUGCCCAGCCCUUCAAUUUCAGAAGCACUAAGAGAAGCCAGCAAUUAAUUCUGAAUUUGACCCAGUGGUGGAAAUUACAGAUGGAGAAGACACCAUUCAGAAAAAUUGGGCUCAUUUGACUCUUCCUUUUUUAAGAAUAAAGAUGUGAACCUAGGUCUAUCUGCCUUCAAAAAUGAGCUCUAACUAUACACUUGUAUAGGAAGAAAGGAAGAUCCCCACUUGUGUAUAGAAUGUGAAAAUUACACGAGAUGAUGCAUCAGAAGGAUUUAGGUUUGAGUCCUGCCUGUGUGGCUAACAGACCUGUGACCUUGCCUACUUUGCUUCUCACUAAAUUGGGAACAACAACAAUGACCUUCUAAGGUUGUUGGGAAAAUUAAGAUAAUAGUUGUGAUGCUCUUGACAUGUCCAGUGCCUAUCAAUGUUAGUUUUUAUCUUCUUUCCUGAGAAAUCAUGUAGCCUGUAUGAUUAGCAAUUAGAUUAAACUAUCUCCAGCUUCUUUGUGCAAAUCAUUUCUACAGGAAAAUUGGGCUUAUUUGAUUCUACCAUUUUUAAGAAUAAAAAAUUGCAGCAAAAUAAAGGAUGACUGAGACUUGGAGACAGAAAUAGCAGCCUAAUUCUGAGCACAUAUAAACACACAUGUGCAUGUGCGCACACACAUCUGCUGUCCUAGAUAUUGUCCCUCGACUCAGUCCUAGGUUCUGUUUCUUUAUUAGAUCUCAUUCCCAGAUUACUGAAAUGUCAGGCCUGGAAUGAUUCAAACUUUAGCCAGUAUCAAAAAUUCUAGAAUGACAAGACAAUGUCAUGGUAUUAUGUUAUGAUGUUAUAUUUAUGGCAUAACUUAAUUAUAGGUACUAGCAAACAGGUGUGGAAAGUAUUUGAAGAGAAGUUUCCCUGUCAUACAUAUGAAAAUACAAUUUUAAAACUCCUCUUUAGUCAAGAAUAAACUUGGGAUGGUUGCCCUGACUCAGGUCACAGGGAGCCUCAGUUAUACCUCAAGAUCCAGUGUGAUCCAAGAGACAGUAUUUAGAGUAUAAAGCCAGCAGGAUAGUCUAAAUAUGGGAUGAUGACUGUCAGCCCGAUUUGUAUUCUCGGAGAACACAGUGCACAUCAUUUCAGAAUUACAAACUUGUGAAAUGGAACGUUUUAAAGAAUUACAAACUUGUAAUAAAUAAUACAAACUUGUAAUAAAAAAGCAGAAUACCUGCUAACUGCUUCAGGAAUCGUAAACCACAAUCUGAGGUAAAUUGCCCAAGCAGCAAUAAUGAGAUUUUUUAUGGAUGCUGAAGCAAAAAAACUUCUGAGCCUGUGUUUGCACUCAGUGAUAUGUAUAUUUUUGGGGACAUUUCUGAUGAGUUAGAUCACAUUUGCAUGUCAGAGUUGCAGUUUUUGCAUACAGCACAGGUGAGUUCACAGCUGAUUUUUUAGACAUUUAUUGCAAGUAUUAUGUCACUUUAUAACCACAGCUCUUUCAGCUGAAAUCCAGUUUAUACAUAUUCAGUGUACAUUUCUCUUUUUCAUUUAGGAGUCCCCCGAAUUGGAAUUGGAACUCUGUGUGUGUAUGUGUGUGAGUAAUUUUUAGCUAAAUACAAAGAGAAUGUCUUUCAAUAUAUUUCAUGUGACUAGGUACACUAAAGGCGCAGGAAAGGGUUACCUAGUGGAGGCUUGAGGCCAGGUAAUGAUGUGCUGCCAGGAAGCGUCAGUGUUUCAGUUUACGUGGUAAUUCCAUUUUCAGGUGGGGCACCAAAAUGGGGAUUGCUUUCCUAGUAAAAGGCUUGGAUUAUAGUUUCACUCAUCAAUAAUGUGAGUACUGAAUAAUAAGAAAUUGGUGAUUUUGCCAGGAGUUGGGAGAAAAUAAGCACCAUUAGAAAUGCAAUGGACUGUUUUUAAUGAGCAAGUUGAGCAAGUACAUCAUUACAGGUGGAAAACAAGGACCCUGAUCUUCAUAAGGUGGAAACAUCAUGAAACACAAGAGGAAUCAGAAGGAUGGGGAUGAUGCACAAAGAGAGAGGAUACAGGCAGCAUCUGCGUCCCAACAGAGACUGAGCUUUCCUCUGUGACACGCGCUCCACUGUGUACCAUUCAGGGUAGUCUGUGUAUUAAGUAGCCAUUUAGUAAAUAUAUAUAUUUAGUUAAGUAUA